UUAACAAUUAUCCCAAAGCUAAUAUCUCCUACAGCAACAAUGGCCUCCAAAGCUCUCCAAAUCUUUGCUUUCAUCUUAUUUCUUCUUCUUUCCUUCUUCCCUCAUCUAAAUAUGUCGUCUCAUGUACUGAUUUUGAAACAAAAUGCCAUUGCCCACGACAUGAACUCAUCUUCUUCAUUGUCUUUUAACAAUCUCCGAGGAUGUCGUUUGGGUGACACAGCACAAGGCAUUCAUCGCCUAAAAAAGUAUCUUCGACGUUUCGGUUACAUUACCAAUGUGGAGAAGAAUUCCAUGGCCAUGGAUGAUGACACCUUCGACCAUGCCUUGGAAUCCGCUGUUAAAACUUACCAGAAAAAUUACAAUAUUGAUGCUUCUGGAAUUCUGGACGCCAAGACCAUAACCCAAAUGGGCAUGCCUCGAUGUGGGGUUCAAGAUUUCAUCAAUGGCACCACUUGGAUGAGAUCAUCAGGAAGGAGAAGAAAUCAAAAUGGGCAUAGCCAUUUCCACAAAGUUUCUCACUUUGCUUUCUUUGAAGGAAACCUAAAAUGGCCAGCUUCCAAGUUCCACUUGAGCUAUGCAUUUCUUCCGGGCUACCCAUCUGAAGCAAUCUUGCCCGUAUCAAGAGCCUUUUCGAAAUGGGCUUCCAAUACCCACUUCACAUUUUCACAUGUUUCAGACCAUAAAACAGCUGAUAUCAAAAUAAGCUUCGAAAUUGAAGAGCAUGGAGAUGAUGCGGCGUUUGAUGGUGCGGGAGGAAUUCUGGCGCAUGCAUAUCCACCCACGGACGGCAGAUUUCACUUGGACGCUCAUGAGCGUUGGUCUGUGGGGGCCGUUUCAGGUCAUCAUGAUGUUGAAACGGUGGCGUUGCAUGAGAUUGGCCAUCUUCUAGGGCUUCAGCACAGCUCCAUUGAAGGGCCUAUUAUGUUCCCAAGCAUAUCAGAGGGAGUUACCAAGGGUUUGCAUGGCGAUGACAUUGCUGGAAUCAAGGCUUUAUAUGGGGCUUGAUCCAAUUUAAUUUCAAAACGAUUUUUAAUUCCUUGCUGUUCUCCGUUGUACUUCAUUUAUUUCAAUAUGUUUAUUAGAGAUUAUUUAUCUUUGUACUUUUACACUUUGUUAAAGUCUGGGGUUGGUUAUUGUAACAAUUUCUCGCUUGGCCUAUAUAUAUGGCCCUUAUUCUUUUAAUAAAGUGUGCAAGUUAAAUUA